AUGACCGCGACCUUGCCGCUCGCCCGCCGGCAGGUGUACAUGGCGGCAGUGGACGGGAGCGAUGCGACCGAGCAGGUCAAGCUGGAGCACGGACUCGCCUCCAGUGCCCUUCCCUUAGCGAGUAAUGGCAGCAGCGACGGCAGUGGCAAGCUUUGUGAAGCAGACGCACGGCCAUCCAAGCCGGCCGGCCUGACCGGCGGUGAGGACACGCCACAGGCGACGGCGG